AUGGGCAACUUAUAUUCGAGUUUAUUUUCUGGUUGGUGUUUCACUACUAAUAAUCCUUGGAUAGACAAAGGAAGAAUAAUAGUAGCUUGGAAUCCGAAUAUGUAUACUGUUGAUAUUAGAAGCUGUUCUAGUCAAUUCAUUCACUGUUCUGCUCGAGCCACUCACAUGACAGGAAUUUUUUUCAUUACCUUUGUAUAUGGAUUUAAUGAUGGAAAAUUGAGGGAGAAAUUGUGGUUGGAUAUUCAGGCAUUAGCUAUGAAGAUAAAGGAGGCUUGGAUUAUCUUGGGGGACUAUAAUGAAAUCUUGCAUCAGAAUGAGAGAGCUGGAAAGAAGACUAUUCUAAAACCUUCCUUGAGCCUCAGAGAUUGCAUGACUCACUGUCAAAUGGAAGAUUUGAAGUUUUCUGGGUGUUUUUAUACAUGGACAAACAAACAAAGGCCUGAGGAUCGUAUCUUUGAUCAUAGUCCCAUUCUUAUUUCAUUCUAUUUGGAUGUGGAAAUUGGGAAACAACCAUUCAUGUAUUUUAGAAUGUGGAAGGAGGCUCCUUCAUAUGCAAUUAAGCUGUGCAACCUCUGGAAACAACCAGUUUCGGGUACUGAAAUGUAUAAAGUUGUCCUGAAGUUAAAAAGGCUUAAACAGAAAGCCAAAGCCACUUGGGUGAUGAAUGGGGAUGAAAACACUGCUAUUUUCCAUGCUUCGUUGAAAGUUAGAAGGCUUCAAAAUCGCAUCUACUCUAUACAAUCUGAGCAAGGUAACUGGGUGGAUACAGCAGAUGGGGUACAGAGAGCUUUUCUAGAUUAUUAUCAGAAUUUAUUGGGAACUCAAAUGCCAAGUAGAAGGAAGGUUUCACAGGCCAUUGUUGAUUUAGGUCCUGGAAUUUCCGAGGAACACUCUAGGUUGUUGUCUAUUCCGUUUACCGCACAGGAAGUUAAAGAGGCAUUAUUCUCCAUUUCAGGUCUAAAGGCUCCUGGUCCUGAUGGAUAUUGUAGUUUUUUUUAUCAAGAUAACUGGGAAUUAGUAGGUCCUGAGGUGUGUGCAGUUGUUCUAGAUUUCCUAACCACAGGGAAAUUACUUAAAGAAAUUAAUGCUACAACCAUCACCCUCAUUCCAAAAACCAAAUGCCCUGCCAAAGUGAGUGAUUUCAGACAAAUUUCCUGUUGUAAUGUGCUGUAUAAAAUUGCCUCGAAAAUGAUAUGUGCAAGGUUGAGAAGGGUAUUACCAGAUUUGAUUGCAGAAAACCAAGGAGGAUUUGUUCAUGGGAGGUACAUAGGCCACAGCAUCAUGAUCUGUCAAGACCUUGUGCAACACUAUGGAAGGAAAGUCAGUAAGCCAAGUUGUUUGCUUAAAGUUGAUCUGCAAAAGGCAUAUGACACAAUAGAGUGGGAUUUCAUAGAGGAAAUGCUUGCUGCUUUCAACAAAAAGAGGAAUAAGGCAAGGAGAUCCAAUGUCUCCAUUACUGUUUGUAUUAGUGGUAUGGCAGAGUCUGAGGUUAAUCGAAUCAUAGUAGCUUCAGGAUUUGCUAGGAGCCAGUUACCAUUCAGAUAUCUUGGUAUCCAAUCUGCUCUAAGAGAAUUUCAUCAGUGGAAUGUGGCCUUAUUUUAG